AUGAAGAUAGCAUCGCAACUCCUCGAGAGCUCUCUAAAGAUGGUGGCCGAUUGCAAGCUUGAUGAGAUCUGGCUUGAGGAUUUUGAUGACGAAAGUUGGGAAAUGGAAGCCCCGUAUAAUUUUCUUUUCCACCAUAGGAAGAAACUCCAGGAAUUCGCAUCAUGCGAUCCAACCAGGGGCCAGGCAGUCAAGCAUCUUCUCGACUACUUGGAAGAGAACUUCGGGGCAGAGUUUGCAGGGGCUGACGACGAGUUCAUGAGAGGGGUUGUCACUGAGGCAAGUAUUGAGAAGCUCUUCAGGCCCAACCAGACGGUGGUUUCAGAAAAUGACAAAGGAGUUACGAGUGCUUAUAUACUGGACGAGUGGCCAGUAAAAAAAGCAAAUCAGCUCUUGUUUUCGGGUUGGCAUUGGGCGUACGGCGGCAGACAACUUGAUCGAAAGCCUUGGUAUUCCAAGAUUGACUUGGUUCCCUUCAAAGGCAACUUCGAACGACCGUUAUCGAAACUUCAAGUUGUCCCAGCUCAGUAUGCAGAUGAAAACCUCUUGGCGAUGUUGCAACGGCGAGGCGAGAAGUUCUGGAGCAUGAGGAACCAGUCAUUCGUUUCUUACAAUGGCUGGGACCAGCAUCACGACUAUUUCUAUUCGAAAGAGAGAUUCAUGGUUGACAUGUCUACUUAUUCGAAGCUGCAUCCUCGACCGCGUCCAAAUGCAUUCAUGCCGGGAAUUAGACCGCCUGUGCCAAGUGAGAUUUCAGACUUUGACGACAAUCCCCGGGUAAUCAGGCAAGAUGAGGAUUUGGAUGAGAGACAGGUGAUGAUCCUUCCUGCGCACACGUACGGUUACAGCCUGCGAGAGAAGAAAUGGGUCUCGUUGAGCAUCGCGCAAACGGAAUCUAUCGCAUGGAACAAGAAAGCAUUUGAUCGACUGGUGCUACAACCCGAUACGAAACGGUUACUCCGAGCGCUGAUCAAUGUUCGGAUGUCCAACACCAAGAAGAUGGAUGACCUUGUCAGCGGGAAGGGCAAUGGUUUGAUCAUGUUGCUGCAUGGAAGCCCAGGAACGGGCAAAAGCCUUACAGCUGAAAGCGUUGCUGAGUACGCCGAGAAACCACUAUAUCGCGUAACAUGUGGAGAUAUUGGAACAGAACCCACGGCCGUUGAGAAAUAUCUUGAAACCGUGUUGUAUCUGGGCAAGAUAUGGGACUGUGUGCUCCUUCUGGACGAGGCAGAUGUCUUCUUGGAAGAACGGACUGUAUCUGAUCUGACAAGAAACAGCUUGGUGUCAAUAUUCCUCAGAGUUCUCGAAUACUACGAGGGUAUCAUAAUCCUCACGUCGAACCGCGUCGGAACGUUCGAUGAAGCUUUCCAGUCCCGGAUCCGAGUCGCACUUCAUUACGAGCCCCUGACGAAAAAGUUUCGAAAGGCAAUCUGGAGCAACUUUUUCGAGAUGCUGACUGAAGAUCAAGACGAUAUCAACGUCGACAUUAGGAACAUGGAAGGUCGGCUCGAGGAACUGGCGGACUACAAGAUGAACGGUCGCCAGAUACGUAAUAUCGUCCUUACGGCCCGUCAGCUCGCGAUGGAAGAAGGGGAGAGCUUGGAGUGGAAACAUCUCAGCCAGGUCCUGACGCUGUCGAGAAAGUUCAACGAGUAUUUGGAGAAGGUCAAGGGGCACAGUAACGAGGAUUGGGCGGUGUCUCAGCAGAUUCGAUGA